AUGUCUCAGAAAAAUUUCAGCACAGAAAAUAUGGAAGAUGGUCUGAAAAGAGAUAUGAAGACCUGGCUUACAGAUCCAAACUGCGCACUGGACGAUGAUAUAUACACAAGGAUGCUUCCCGCAUUUUGGCUAGCGUCGAGGUUCAUAUAUUCCAGCCGAGAGUUCUUCGACACCAUUUGGUAUGGGGACGAAGUGAUAGAAGAUGGUGUGAUCUAUCUAGACCACACAAGUAAGCCGAACACCUCUGUAUAUGACGAUUUUUUGAAUGAUGUUAUCAAUAGAAUCAGCAAUUUCCAGAUAUACCUCGGCCACAAGGACGACUGGGAUCGCGCUUAUGCCGUCCAUAGCGCAGCACAUGUUACGUUAAGGUCAGGAAACCCCAUGCGUACAUGGACGAUUCAGGUGAACGGGAGAUUUCUUGACUUUUUUACUCAUCCAUCAUACAGUAUUUUGCCAAAGGCGACCAUAGAAAGAACGCAGUUCAUACUAGCAGUGACACUGGUACAUGAACUUGUGCAUGCUUGCCACAGCAUGAAAUUCCAGGAACACCAACCGGAGCCUUUCUACUACAGGACAGACCCGGCGGCAGAACUUGGACGUGCCUGGGAACGCUGGGCAUUUGCUGGGUUUCCGUAUGAGAGUCAAGACUGGGAGCUCGCCAGCAGUACCACCGAAAUACAUGUCUACAACGUCGAGGAUGAUUGGUGCAACCCCACGUCUCCAGACCGAAAAAGGGCGACAGUUCUUACCGCUCUCGAGAUUGCUGACUUUUUCGACAGUGACUGCUGGAGUAUCCUGCGUGAUUUGACCUUGAAAAAGACCAACCAAGUAUAUGACGGGAUCCUGAAGAACAACUUCAUCGAUGACAUGAAGGUGGCGAGGCAGAUCAAAGACUGGCAAGAGAAACAUGGAAAAUGGUGGCCUAAUCCAAAAGUCAUUCAACCAAUCCAGCGUCAGGAAGGUAUAUUGCCGGCUGCUCCAACUUCCACCACUCAUAUGGUCAGUCGAGAUCGCAAUGAAGAUGCUUCUGAAGCGGGUCCAUCUAACACCACUGGGGAGAAAGGCACUAAAGAUACCUCAGGGGACAAAUCAGUUCCUCAGAGUAAGAAGCUCAGUCACGUUGACGAACUUGCGGCGGCAUUUGGUGUCUCCACGCCAACGAAGAAGUGA